GAGAGAGAGAGAGAGAGAUAGAGAGAGAGAUGAAGUAGAGGCGGAGGUGGGGAAAGAGGAGGUGCUUGAACCUGGGGAGGCGGAAUAAGCAGAAAGUCUGGACGAGCUUUCAAAGAGCGAGGACAGACAGGAGCUAAUAUAAACGUGCUGCCCUUCACUCGGGGGUAUCAGGGGCUAAAGAAAACAGCGCUACCUCUGCGGCUGACCUCCGCAGCUUCAAAGAGACAGCGGCGCGCGCAGAGCUCCGGCUCAUGUAGAGGCGGCACGCGGCCAUGGCCACGCUGGAGGGCUGCCGCUGCCGUGGCGCGAGCGGCAAAAACAACAACAGCAUCCUCUACAGCAUUUUGAAAAGUGACAGCCUUGCUAACGCGGAGGAACAGCAACAACAACAACAACCCCAGCAGCAACAAGAACAACUACAGCAACUGUUCCACAAGACCUCCUCCUCCUCCUCCACUUCCUCCGUCAACACCGCCCCGGUCUCGAUACAGGAGCUCCGGCAGCAGGCGUGCUCCUGCGGCUCCACGCGGCGCCGGGGCGUCCUCCGCUCCCCGCAGGUGACGUGCAAAGCAGCCUCGGCUGUUCUGGUGAAGACGCUGCGCUUCGUCAAGAACGUCCCCUGCUUCCGAGAGCUGCCGGAGGACGACCAGCUGAUGUUGAUACGCAGCGGGUGGGCUCCCCUGCUCGUGCUGGGACUCGCUCAAGACCGUGUGGACUUUGAGACGACGGAGACGGUGGAGCCCAGCAUGCUGCAGCGUAUUCUCACGGGGGUACCGGACAGGCAGAGCGAGGUGCCAACUACAGCCGGGCAGAGCAGGGGGGCGGUGGGGGUCUCUGUGGUGGAUAUCGAGGCUAUCAAAGCGUUUCUGAAGAAGUGCUGGAGUGUUGAUAUCAGUACCAAGGAGUACGCGUACCUGAAAGGGGCUGUGCUGUUCAAUCCAGGUAUGUAGGGUGAUUUACACCUGUAGGCUUUCUAUGGUAAAGUUACAUUACACAGGUGGCAUCAGGCAGAAAUACUUACAGACUGAUGAAGUAUCUGUCAGGCUGCAUAGAGGCUAUAAAAUGCUCAUAGCUUUAAGAAUUGUGGUUCAUUUUGAUAAGAUACAUUCAUUUUUAUGGAUUUGUAUUUAUUUAAAGACAACUGUUUCCAUUUAUUUGCACAAAUCAGAGGCUUCCUAACAAAAUGUGAACUAUAAAUGGUGACAAAUGCCCUUAAAAUCAUGUAAAACUGAUCCAAUAUUAAGGAUAUGGGUUUACUGCAGCUUGUAAUAGUCUUGGGAACCACACUUGACUUUUUUAACAUCUCUUUUUUGUCCAUUUUCAUUUGCUACUUUCCUUUCCUAAUUUCAUCUCCUUUGCUUUCCCACUUUCCUCUCCUUUCCCACGCCAGAUGUUGAGGGCUUGCGCUGCCUCCACUACAUCCAGUCCCUGCGUCGCGAGGCACACCAGGCUCUGAACGAGCACGUGAGGCUGAUCCACCGUGAGGACUCGACGCGCUUUGCCAAGCUGCUCAUAGCUCUGUCCAUGCUGAGGGCCAUCAGCCCUCUGGUAGUCGCUCAGCUCUUCUUCAGACCCGUUAUAGGGACGGUGAACAUUGAGGAGGUGCUCAUGGAGAUGUUUUAUGGGAAGUAGGUCACUGCCCACGUGUGUGGAUGAAGGGGAAUUCAGCAGACGGAGCUGCAGGAUUGGACUGAAAUGCACCUAACUUUUUCUUUUUGGUUAGGAGAUGGGGGCAAAUGAGGAUAUUAGGGGCUGAAUUUACUACUGUUUAAAUGGGAGGUGUUCAAGGACUGUGAAAUGACCAGCACAGGCAGGAAUGUGUGUGCACAAGAGAAAGAAAGAGAGUGUGUUGAAGUCUAGAGAGGUUUUAAUUGAGGAAAAAUUACAAAGCAGCUGCUGGAAGUCAUAACUUAUUUGUUUUUCUAUAAAAUAUUUUUCUAUAAUAAAAAAAGAUUCUCUCCAAAC